UUUUCAAGUACAACAUGACCGUAUAUUCACCGCUUUCUGCUUGCUAUUGUACGGCAGCAAUCGUUGUUCUUCUUAGAUCGGAGCUCUUGUAUCGGUCUAAGCAGUACCCGUUACGAAAAUUAAGCUUGGUUUGUUACCAAAGGCAACCAGUAGUAUGUAGUUGUAUAUUAAGAGCCACCAUCUAAUUUGUCCUGUUUCGCGGUAACUAUGCUGGAAAUAAAAAAAGCGUCGAGUAUAUGUUCGUAUCACCUUGUCCGUGCCUUUAUUUCUUGACAUAUGCAUUCUUUCGUCUCAACAGCAGCUUGCUUAUCUUUGCGACGAUCAGAAGAAAUCUGUGCAAGUCAGUUCAAAUCGUCGCUGUGCAACUUAAGGAUUACACGAUGCUCCGGCAAGCGAGCGUUGAGCUCUUCUCGCAACAUUUUUGAUCCCGAACCGAAUGAGCAGAAAGCGAUUUCGUCUAGAAACAAGCAGCAGCAGUUACCAAUUGAUAAACCUUGGGAUGGCGAAGAAUCUGUUGCUGAUUCUGUAUUGCGUAUGAUUAUGGACAAAUAUAACAAACCGUUACGAGUAGAAGGUGCCGCACGACGACAACUUCCACAGCCCCAGACGUAUUCACCGCAUGUGCAGGGACUCUAUGAUACAGCUGACAGCAGCAAAAGUAAUGGUAACGGUACUAUCAAUAAUAGCAGCCAAGAAGAGAGCACCCUGAGCUCGGGCGAAAAAGCGAUUCUGCGCGACAAAGCUGUGCGUUCUAGACGGCAAAAACGGAUUAUGAAUGCACGUGAAGCUGCACUCGAUUAUUCCCUUGAAAAGAAAUAUCCAUCCUCCUCACCUACAACAACAACAAUGACGACGAAAAAAAACUAUGAAAAGGACGACGCAAUGAAGAACAACAAUGAUGAAGAAACGCAGCGGCCACGAAGCAUUGCUCAAAUCGGUUUGCUUGCCGAGGAAAGGAUUCGAGAGGCGCGUGCCCAGGGUCAUUUUGACAAUUUGGCUGGGCGAGGGAAGCCUAUUUCGACCGAUAUAAACGAAAACAAUCCAUUCGUGGAUCGGACCGAGUAUUUUCUGAACCGCAUUGUACAGAGGCAAGGCGCUGCACCACCGUGGAUUAUGAUGCAACAGGAAGUGGACACGGAGACUACAAUGUUCCGGACAGAUCUUGAGCGGUCAAUGCGUUUGUACUUGAUAGAUCAAGAACAGCGCAAGUCGGCAAGUUUGAGGGAGUGGCGGCAGAAUAAUCAAGAAUACUUUGCAAAGUUAUUGAAGCGGUUGAAUGGUCGCUUAAGAAGUUAUAAUGUUAUGUGCCCUGCGUCAGUGCGCAAAUUGCGAUUGGAUUUAGAGGACGAGUUACAAGAGACGUACCGUAGGCUCAGUAAUUAGGUUACUAUCUGUAAUCAUAACGGGAGAUAGAGAAACUAAAAUGUAUGUAGUAUUUUAUUUAGAAUCGCAUGUAUUAAUUUAUUCAUGACAUUAGA